CCAAACCAGAUCUCUCUCUCUCUCUCUCUCUCUCUCUCUCUUCACUGUCUCGAAGCAGAAGAUCUAAACACACAGAAGAGAAACGUUCGACAUUUUUGAUCUGCGAAGAAAUGUCUCUCUCUCCCUCUCCUUAACAACUCAUUCAAACAAUCUAGCUCUUUUUCUCGAUCUCACUAUAAUCCACAAUUAUAUACAUAUACAUAUAUAUAGAGACAGAGGGAGAUGGCUUUCAUGGCAGUUUUGGAGUCAGAUCUGCGGGCUCUCUCCGCCGAAGCUCGCCGGAGGUACCCCGCUGUCAAAGACGGCGCCGAACACGCUAUCUUGAAGCUUCGGUCAUUGUCAAGCCCCAGUGAAAUUGCACAUAAUGAGGAUAUACUACAGAUCUUUCUGAUGGCUUGUGAGGUCAGAACUGUGAAGCUGAGUGUUAUUGGACUUUCUUGCUUGCAGAAGCUCAUAUCUCAUGAUGCCGUUGCUCCUUCGGCUUUGAAAGAGAUACUAGCUACCCUGAAAGAUCAUGCUGAAAUGUCAGAUGAAAGUGUUCAACUCAAGACCUUGCAGACAAUAUUGAUAAUAUUUCAGUCACGUUUACAACCUGAAAAUGAGGAAAAUAUGGCUCAGGCUCUUGGUAUUUGUCUCCGGCUUCUUGAAAACAACAGAUCCUCUGACAGCGUGAGAAAUACUGCUGCAGCAACCUUCAGGCAAGCAGUAGCAUUAAUUUUUGAUCACGUGGUUUGUGCCGAGUCACUGCCUGCUGGCAAGUUUGGUUCUGGAGGAUACAGUUCUCGAAGUAGUUCAGUUACUAGUGAUAUUAAUCGUAGCAUUAAUCGUGCAGAGUCACUUGAGCAUGAAUUUAUAUCUGGAGGGCAAUCAUUGAUGAGGGAGACCCUUACUACAGCUGGAAAGCAUGGGCUUCGAUUGCUCGAAGACCUGACAGCUCUAGCUGCAGGUGGAUCUACAUCAAUAAAAAUGUCAUUAUAGUGCUGGCAAUUGACCUUUUGUUCUUCAUAUUUUCAUACUCAUGAAUGUUAUGCCUGCUUCUACAUCUCAGGCAAUUUGGUUACGUGUCAGUUAUAUUCAACGGACAUUUGCACUUGAU